AGAGAAACAAAAAAAAUAUUCACAUCUGCUGAAUGUAAAAUAAUUUGAAAUUUUCAUAUUUUCAAUUUGAAAUCCAAAAACAAUGAGAUUUACAUUAAUUCUGCAAUCAUUUCGACGUGAAUUUAUUGGUCCGAUACCGAAACAUAAAGGAAAUGUACUUAUCGGACGAAAACGUUUUGUACCACCGGUAACAAUGGGUAAAAAAAUUGGUCUCGUUCAACAAUUAGCCUAUGAAGAAGAAGUGAUGAAAUAUCUAAGUAAACCAUAUGUAAAUGAAACACAAGAAUGUCAAUAUUUAGAAUCAAAAAAUAUGGAACGGCCACCGUAUUGGGAUGAUUUUUCUCGUAUGACUAUUGAACAACCAUUAAAACAAUCAUAUUCAGCAGAUUAUUUGGAAAAAUUAAAUUCAUCUCGUUCAUUUGAAGAAGAAAAUUGAAUCUUUUUUCAAUAAAUAGAUA